GAUCAUAGUCGUUCUCGCCCUACCCUCGUCGCCAAAGCAAUAUAAGAGCCUGAAUCAGAAACUUCUGAACAAAUUUAUAUUUUUCUGUUUAAUAUAAUUGUGCAAACACGGCAUGUAUGAUCAGAGUGGAUUGUUUGUCUUUCUUCGUCAUCUCGCCUCGCAAUAAUGAUGUAAGCAAUAAUUGGCGCACAUGAUCGACACGCCUUUGCACAUGUUGCAUGUGGCGUUGUCUUGGUAUCUCUGCGCUCCCCUUUAAAAAAAAGAUAUAUGCUUCUAUCUAGACAGGUGAAGACAACAUGGUAGUUGGUGCAGACAACCAUCUUGAAUUCCAUCAUCCCCAUACAUUCUGAAGAAAACAUGGCCGAUGAGACGUCUUGCUGUAAACGUAUACCGAUCAAAAGGGGGGAUUUUGGACUGAAUUGGAAAGCCCCGCAAGAUUUCGCCAGAUCACAGUGGCCAAUUCCAGGUUGGUUGUACCAGAUAUACAGGAUCCUUUUUAUGGUAUACAUCGUCGUGUGGUUGACGAUGAAUACUGCCUGGCAAAUUGAGGGCAUCGGAGGCUUGUACUUCAUCUACCUCACUAACUGGUCUUUCAUUGUGUUGGCUUUUUAUGGAAUAGUGGCGGCGCUGUCAUCAGUGUUCUUCUUUUGCAAGGGAAAGAAGAGACAGAGAACGACAGCCGAUGCAUCCAGAAUGGAAGAUGGCGCCAUAAACCCAUCAUUUGUGGCAGAUCAGGAAAUGCCGUCCGGUGAAUUAGGUAACGAAUCACCAAAAACAAAUAGGCCUACGAUGAAGUCCACAGGACAUCCUACUCCGUCUGUCUACGAAGAAUACUCCACCAACCCUUGGUACUUCAAAUUAACUUGGGUUCUUUUGAACAUCAACGUUGCUAUUGCCCCACUGGUAUCUAUCAUCUACUGGGCUCUCUUACACGAUUACAGCAACGACGACGAUGACUCUCGCGAUCCACUCGGCGACGGAAUCAACGUGAAUGUACACGGCAUGAACAGCGUGCUGAUCUUACUGGAUCUUUUCGUCUCGGCUUACCCGUUAAGAAUUGUUCACAUCAUCUACUGCAUCAUCUACAGUCUUACGUACGCUCUGUUCUCCUUGAUCUUCUGGGCUGCUGGUGGCGUAGACCCAUACGGCAAUAGAUACAUUUACCCUAUCCUAAACUGGGAAGACAUUCCCGGCUUGACCUGUGCCUACAUGUUGGGUCUUGCAGUAAUCCUGUUUGUAGUACAGUGUGUGAUGUACGGACUUUAUAGAUUGAGAGUGUUCCUUGCAGGAAGUUGUUGCAGGUUAUCUCAGGACCGAGAAAAUGACACUUUGCAACUUUAAGAGAUCCCUUUAUCCGAUUCACACCUCAAAUUAUAAUAUAGCCAUAUUUUGUUUAAAAACUAUCAAGUAAAGAAACACUUUUUAAAUUGAUAACAUAAUUUACAUAGAUUAAGUCUUUUCUUGUGGAUUAAUAUUUACAGAAUAUUAAGUGUAACCCAUUAAAACAUUUUAAGAUCGGUCACACCGCCCAAACUUUGUUGGAGCGUUCCUUGAACGGUAUAGGGAGAGGAGGCCGAAUUUCGACAACGCUCGUCACCGCGCAUAAAAUGGGGGAAAAUCGAAAACACGGGCGUUGCUUUAGCGGUGCAUCGCUGAAGCCGGCGUUGCUUUAGCGUUGGUUUAACGGUAGCGAGCGGUAGCGAGCUUUGGUCCGCUCCGACACCUCAAUACCAACGCCAAACCAAAGUUCAUCACCGCAAUGGAUCGCUGCUUCAACGCCCGACACCGUUCCAGCAAUCCCGUGUCCGCUCGCAACGCUUAAAAUCGCUCCACCAAAGUUUUGUGCAACGUUUAAUCACCGUCCGGGCAAAGCUGGCGAAGCAGCGGUGGUCCGGCGUUCAAGAUUUCUGCGUUGGCCUAGCGGACCCAAGCGUCCACGAACUUGCGUCUAGCGGCCCGGUGCUCAUCUUUGACUGCAUUGUUGGAGCGGUGGUGAGCUUUGCCGGAGCGGAAAAUUGCCCGCUCCUCAUCGCUCGCAAUAUUUUGUGCUCCUCAAAACUUUCGGAGCGAGCCUGAGCGUAUACGGCGUUGCCUUAUAACGGGGGCCAAAUUCUGCUAAACGGUGGUGAACGGUAACAAGCGGUGAUGAUUUUUUUCACCGCUCCAGGAACGCUCCAGCAAAGUUCUGGCGGUGUGACCGGGCCUUAAGGUCAUUACAUUUAUAUUGUCACUUUCAUGGUCAAUACAAUUUAUUGUAGAUUUAAUAUGACGUUCGUCUCCACAGUGUGCGUAUAUUUCACUUGCCUAUGUGAUUCUUUAUUAUGAGCAUUUUAACCUUUUUAAUUCAUCUUUUGUUUGCAGCACACCGCAAAUAAACAGAAAUACUAAAACAAAAAGAUGAAUCUUUAUAUGAAUCACAAUGAGCAUUGAUCAUUAAACGUAAAUUAUGGCAUCAGCCGAAAGAUGUGUAUGUGAAGUUACUUUUCAUAUAAUCAUUGCGUUAAAUAAGAUUUGCUCAAAAUUGCUAAAUGUGAGAAAUUAUACAUGUACAACAGCUUUGGAAACUCUUCUAUUUUAAAUAUGUUGCGAAAUAAAUUAAUGAAGAGAACAAUGGUAGGCGUAGCUUAAAUCAAGGUUCCCCGGAGCUAUCUGCCCUUUGGAAAAAUUGGUGAUGUCGAAAAAAUGUCUGCUGGGAAUCGAACCUGGGCCCCCUGCUUGGAACGCCGCAUAGUGGGCCAGGAGAGAGCAAAAGUGCGCCAAAACUGGUUUUUGGUCAUGAAACAAAUUUGGGUUUUUUCAUGUUCUAAGCAAAGAUAAGAACCUGUAGAAUGCCUCCAUACAAUAUUUCUCCAUUAAAUUGAUUAUUAGUUGCCCAUUUUUAUUCAAUAUUACCGGAAAAUGACUCUUUACGGCUACCGCAUGUGUAAAUGACACGUUUUAGAUAUUUCACUGUUUUAACAAAACGGAUUGCUUAAUUUAUUUCUAAUUCACGGUGCUCUUUGAUGAAUUAUUGUUUUAAGUGAUCAAAGAUUUUCAGGAUAAAAUGAUAAUCCCUUCAGAGGCAAUUUUGGACGAAACCAUUUGACAAUGGGGGUUUUAGUUUUAAUGAGCAUUUCUUUUACAAAUUGCUGCCGAUUGCUGCGCUGUAAAUACCAUGACGGUCUUUGUUAUAGUUCAUGCUUUACACUGAUACCAAAUUUAGCUGCAUAUACGUGCAUUUUCUGGAGAUAUGACCAAUUUUCCAACUACAUGUUCGCCGUAUUUAUCACAAAAAUCGUUCCAAGUUAGUGCCCCAUUAUGCGCGUGCCGAACGUUGCGGGUGACAUUAAACAAACUCCCCGUCGCGUGCUGGGAGGGGGGGGGGGGGGUGUCUGGCUCAAGUGUCCGGCUCUUGUGACUGGUGUCUGCCUUUAAAAUACUUUCGUUAAACAUAGGUUAAGGCAAGCUUUCAUUUCCAAUUCCACUAAAUAUAUAAUAAUACAUGUAACACAACUUCAUUUUGAUGCCAAACUGUUCCAUCCCGUGUUCCAUAUCUGAUAUGCUGUCAUCCUGAGAAGAUUAAUUCUUAAAGGAGAAUGAAACUCUUGGAGCAAGUUAGCUUUUGUGAAAGCAGAAAAAUCAAAGAAUAAGAUCAACAAAAGUUUGAGUAAAAUAGGACUAGCAAUAGAAGAGUUAUGAGCAUUUGAAUGUCGAGAUCAUGCACUAAUGCUAUGGAGAUUCUCCCAUUGGCAAUGCGACCAAUUAGAUCUAUGAUGUCACAGAUGAACAACUCUCCCCUUUUGGACACUGAAAAUAUACCCCAAAACAUCUCUUUUUGCUCAUUCUAAUCAUAUGACAAACGAUUCAUCAAUGAUAUAAUGUUGUGAAACCUCUGCACUUGUCCUCUCAUAUAAAGAGAACACCUCACCUUGUGAUAGACUCUAUAAAAGUGAGAAUAUAAGUGAAAUAAGUACUAUGGUAAUGAGGGAGUUGUACGUGUGUGACAUCACAGAUCUUGGUCGCAUUGCCAAUGGGAAGAUCUACAUGGCAUUAGUGAUCUCAAUAUUCAAAUGCUCAUAACUUUCUUAUUAUUCAUUCAAUCUUCCUCAAACUUUCAACAAUAUGUUUCUUAGAUUUUUCUCUUUGAUAUGGAUUCAGCUGGUUUCAAGGGUUUCAUUCUCCUUUAAGGUAAGAUUCCCGGGUAAGAUUUGUUUUGUUGUUCAUAAACCAAGUAGGGGCUACUGUAUAUCGCUAUAACACACAUGGCUAGGGAUGUGAUAGGUCUCACGCAGUUUUCUGACAAAAUAUGAAAAUGUGUAUAGGACAGAGAUGGGAUAUACGUGGGCUCUAUUACAUGUAUAAGUUCCAUCUUUAUCAUUAUUAGUAUUUAUCCUCCCAAAGGGUUUGUAACUUCACAUGCACGUAUGAAUUCGUUUAUCUCUGGCUCAUUCUAAACGUAUAUUUCAAAAAAAAAAUUAUCCUAACUUUUUGAGGGGUACACAUUUUACAAGCUUUGCUUUUCAGUGGACCCCUCCAUUCUUCUCAUGAUAUAUGAUUAGAUUGAUUUAAUUAUAUUUAAUUAUAUUGAUUAUAUUGAUUUAAAUUUGACAUGCAUGUUAAUUUAUAUUUGAAUCACUUAUUGAAUAUGUAUAUUAUUUAUUCAAUGUUGAAUUUUGUUCAUGCUUUUAUUUAAAUUGAAUUGAUUUAUCAUGUAAUUAUUUGUAUUAUGUUGAAGAAUGAAAAAUAAAUUGAAUUGAAUUGAAUUUGCUAUAAUUGUUAUAAAUAUCGAU